CGGGAGUUCGGGACAAUCUCGGCUGAUUUAGCUAUCAUUAUCAAUCCCGGGAGCGGAAAAAUAAAAAACAGAUAUAUGGAAAGGGCCACGAAAAGCAAAGCCUAAGGUCGGAAAGGUGGACAAAGAUGCCCACCAAAUGGGACCAGGCCCAAAUCGAACAAACCUUUACUACCGCCAUUCGCUGAUCAGAAAUUCAGAAUCCGGCGGGUGAAAGCAACGAGAAUGCGGGACGUCGAGGAAAAGAACGGCGACGAGAAGAUUCCAUCUCCAUCUUCACGGGAGUCGAAUGGCGGCCAUUGCCCUAUCUGCUUGGGUUCUUUCAUCCAAGAGUCCUACCUCGAUACCUGUUUCCACAAGUUCUGUUUCAAAUGCAUUCUGCAGUGGUCUAAAGUAGUUGCCGGAAAGCAUUCUGGAGUCCAGUCCUCAGUGAAAUGCCCUUUAUGCAAGACUGACAAUGCAUCUGUCAUCCAUGGAUUUGAUGGAGCUUCAUUCCAUAGGCAUUACAUAAGUCCCCGCAAUGAAUGUUCUUCCUUCUUUACAAACGCACACAAGUAUCGAUUAAAAUGCUAUUACAUUGAAUCAGGUAUCCUGAAUGAGAAAUUUAAUGUCUCACGGUUUUGGAAGUUGAAAAAGUAUUGUCAGCCAAAUCAAUGGCUUCAAUGCUGGUUGACCAGAGAAAUCCAGGCUCUAAUUCAGGAAGAAGAUGUUGACAUCAUUGUCCAUCAUAUACUUGGCGUGAUUGAUUCUUCCUUGAGAAGAGAUGAUUUACUCAACCAAAAGAAACCGCCAGUGGUUAAGCAGCAGGAGUUCAGGGAUCUCAUGUCAGAAACAGUCAGACCUUUCGUGACAGCCCGAGCCGAGCGAUUUGUAGAUGAAUUAGAGCUCUUUCUUGCAUCAGGUUUCAACCUGAAAGGCUACGAUGAAGUCUACACAGAGCAGUUGGGUUGGAAGGUUCCUGGAAUCCGCAGGAUUGUUAGAGAAGAAGAAGAAGAACAGGAAUCAGAUGAUGAGCACCCACCAACUGUACUUCCAUUGCUGUACAUUUCAGAUGAGGAUCCUGAUGUCUGAUGAAGUUUAGUGAAAAAUUGUUUGUUAUACUCCUUUGUUCUCAUUCCUUGUAUGUAACACUGCAGAAAGUUACAAACUAUGUGCUCUUGGUUGAAUCUUGUAAUACAUGGAUAGAUUUUCACCCUCAUCUUUUUUUAAUGCUGGUAUUGCAUACCUUACUUCCCAAACAAGGAGCAAGUGUCUGCUUUCAAACAAUAAGGACGUUUGACAUUUUUGUAUAUAUAGACAAUUCUUGGCACUUUGGAUGAGAAAUAAAUAUAAGUCCUACCUUCAAAGAAUGCCGAAAAUAACCCAGGAUGGAAAUGUAAUAACAGAGAUGACAUUGCUUAGUUCAGUGCUGACUGUAAUGCGGUUGCAGAGAUGAAUUAUGGAUAUGAGAGGCAUGGAUAAGGAAGGACAGUUGCCUUGUCUGUCAAUCAGAACGAAAAGCAGAAGCUGUGAGUAACAGACAUGGCAAACGCGGCAGAAGAUAAUGGAGCUUUCAUGGAGAAAUUUGUGCUGGAACCGCCGCCGAGCUCUUCAUCUCAUCCUCAGCUCCCAUUACACGGUCUCACUUUUGCUGUCAAAGACAUCUUUGAUGUAGCUGGGUAUGUUACCGGGUUUGGUAAUCCUGAUUGGGCAAGGACUCAUUCCGCAGCAACGUCAACUGCUCCAGCUGUUCUGGAUGUCUUGAAGGAUGGGGCAAAAUCAAAUGGAAAAACUGUCAUGGAUGAGAUGGCAUACAGCAUAAAUGGAGAGAAUAUCCAUUAUGGAACCCCGGUGAAUCCGUGUGCUGCAGAACGUGUACCCGGUGGAUCAUCCAGUGGGUCUGCUGUAGCAGUUGGUGCAGGACUUGCAGAUUUUGCAUUAGGAACUGACACUGGAGGAAGUGUGAGGGUUCCAGCAUCGUACUGUGGAAUUUUCGGAAUCCGACCUUCACAUGGUGCAGUCUCUACUUCUGGAGUAACUCCCAUGGCACAAAGUUUUGAUACUGUGGGAUGGUUUGCGAGGGAUCCAAUGAUCUUGAAACGAGUUGGACAUACUCUACUUCAUUUUCCUGAUCUGGAUGCUGCUGUGAUCCCCACCCAGGUGAUUGUAGCAGAUGACUGUUUCGAGCUUUCAAGCAUUCCACAAGAUCGAAUCCCCGGGAUUCUCGUUAGUUCUGUGGAGAAGCUUUAUGGGGCAAAUGUUGUAAAGCAUGCAAUCCUUGGGGACUAUGUUCAGGAUAAAGUUCCAAGUUUGGGGCAUUUCAUGAGUAAAGAAACCAAAACCAAAGAUCAAGAGCACAACAACAUACCAUCGUUGGCAGCACUCUCUACUGCUAUGCGCCUGCUACAGAAGUACAAACAUUCUUUGCUGCAUUCUUGAUUCUGAUUGAUUUAACUUUGAACUGGUAUCGACUAUGUGUUCUCUGUCCAAUGUGUUGAGCUUAAUCUUGACAAAGCUCAUUUCACCCUUCAUAUAUAGGCAUGAGUUCAAGAACAAUCAUGGGGAAUGGGUUACUACAGUGAAACCUGAUUUUGGUCCAGGACUAGCUGAGAGGAUAUGGGAAGCUGUUGAAUCGACAGUGGAACACAUAGAAAUCUGUCGAUCUGUGAAGAGCGAGCUACGAGAUGCUCUUUCAGCUCUUCUUGGGGACACAGGGAUCCUGGCCAUCCCAACAGUUCCAGGUCCUCCACCAAAGCUACAAACAGAUGCUACGACGCUCGAAGGAUUUCGCGCCAGGGCUUUCAGCCUUCUGUCCAUUGCUGGAGUAUCAGGAUUCUGCCAGGUGAGCAUACCGUUAGGAAUACAUGAAGAUCUUCCGGUAUCGGUUUCAUUGAUAGCGAAACACGGCCAGGAUGGUUUCCUCCUCAAUCUGGUUCAGAAUCUUUAUAGAACUAUCGAAGAACAAGUUCAAGCUGUCCAGAAGUAGUAGUAACAUGCCAGCUUUUUCUCGCCCCUGUGAUUGUUGUCUUUGUCUGGUCAUUUGAUCUUUGUUCAUUUCAAUGUAAUGGAGGAAACACAGCUGUGAAUGUUAUUGAAUGAGACACCAUAGGCAAUUGGUCAAAUUAAAGUAGCACUUGAUGUUGUCCAUUUGCGUUAGUUGGC